CGGGGCCUGGCAGAAGAGGGCAGGAGGGCUGGAAAAGGUGGCGCUGGAAUUAGAACUGGAGUACCCGCGUGGGUGCUGUCGGCUGGGCGCUCCAACUCCAACUCCCUGUGAGGCGCAGGCGGCCCGGGGUUGGGCCCACGGCCGCGAGGUACACUGCUCCUCUGAAAGGCUUGACCGUCAGAAUGGAAGGAAACUGUGGUGCAGACUGCCCUCUGUGGAGCCUUUGAAGACAAUAAAAUCCUGUUCACUUCCACAGGCUCUUCUCUGGAUCACGUGCUAUGGUGAAAAAUGUUUCGGAAAGGCAAAAAGCGACACAGUAGUAGCAGUUCCCAAAGUAGUGAAAUCAGUACCAAGAGCAAGUCUGUAGAUUCCAGCCUUGGGGGCCUGUCCCGAUCCAGCACUGUGGCCAGCCUCGAUACAGACUCCACCAAAAGCUCAGGACAAAGCAACAAUAACUUAGAUACUUGUGCAGAAUUUCGAGUAAAGUAUGUUGGUGCCAUUGAGAAGCUGAAACUCUCUGAGGGAAAAGUCCUGGAAGGACCACUAGACCUGAUAAAUUAUAUAGAUGUUGCCCAGCAAGAUGGAAAGUUGCCUUUUGUUCCUCUGGAGGAAGAAUUUAUUAUGGGAGUUUCCAAGUAUGGGAUAAAAGUAUCAACGUCAGAUCAGUAUGACGUGUUACACAGGCAUGCUCUGUAUUUAAUCAUCCGGAUGGUGUGUUAUGAUGACGGCCUCGGGGCAGGAAAAAGCUUACUGGCUCUUAAGACCACAGACCCAAGUAAUGAAGAAUACAGCCUGUGGGUCUAUCAGUGCCACAGCCUGGAACAAGCACAGGCAAUCUGCAAAGUUUUGUCCACUGCGUUUGACGCCGUGUUAACCUCUGAGAAAUCCUGAACUCUGCACUCAGGCGAAGGAAGCCAACCUCACCCGAGAGUCCAGCUGUUUUCUCUCAUCUGCUUUCAAUCUGCAAUGCUGAACUAUUACAGAAAGAUGAGGUGAUGCCCUGCUCCAAUUUUCUGAAGAAAGUGCAAUGUCUACACUAUUGACUAUUUGUUUUUGUAUUAAAAUAUGUCUAAUUAAACAUG